UGACAUCAGUGAGGUCUGAGGAAGAAGAAGAAGGAGUCGGAGGGAGAGAGAGAGAGAGAGAGAGAGAGAGAAAAGGGCUUUGAAGUCAGAGGAGGAAGAAGAAGAGGAAGAGGGCCGACGAGGUCUCUCCACACCGAGGAGGAGUCGUUCUCAGAUCCGGGGGAAGUUUGGCGGAGAGAGAGAUCGUCCGGCCGCUGCGCGUAAAGAGUGUUUGAGCCGGAGCGCAGCGCGCAGCGCGGAGCGCACAGACGCAGAGAGACGCCAGCAUGUCAACUUCAGACGAGGCGGACGGGCUCCGGCCGAGAUAUGGCUCCGUCCUGGACGGCGUGGAGCGGCUCACGGCCGAGGAGAUGGACGAGCGGCGGCAGCAGAACAUGGCCUACGAGUACCUGUGUCACCUGGAGGAGGCCAAAAGAUGGAUGGAGGCCUGUCUGGACGAGGAGCUGCCCCCCACCACGGAGCUGGAGGAGGGGCUGAGGAACGGCGUCUAUCUGGCCAAGCUGGGCAACUUCUUCGCGCCGCGCACCGUCUCCAUCAAGAAGAUCUACGACCGCGAGCAGACGCGCUACAAGGCGACAGGUCUCCAUUUCAGACACACGGACAACGUCAUCCAGUGGCUCAACGCCAUGACAGAGAAGGGGCUGCCAAAGAUCUUCUACCCUGAAACCACAGACAUAUACGACAGGAAGAACAUGCCGCGCUGCAUCUACUGUAUACAUGCACUCAGUCUGUACCUGUUCAAGUUGGGCCUCGCCCCGCAGAUCCAGGACCUGUACGGGAAAGUCGACUUCACCGAGGAGGAGAUCAACAACAUGAAGAGCGAGCUGGAGAAGUAUGGGAUCCAGAUGCCGGCCUUCAGUAAGAUCGGAGGGAUCCUGGCCAACGAGCUGUCGGUGGACGAGGCUGCAUUACACGCCGCUGUGAUCGCCAUCAACGAGGCGAUCGACCAUGGCGACCCGGGGGGCACGCUGGCCGCCAUGCACAACCCCAACGCCAUGCUGGUCGACCUGGACCCCGGCUCCGCCCGGCUGUACCACGACACGCUGUACCAGGCCAAGGGCGAGAAGGUGGCCAGCUCACGCAAACGGCAGAUGGAGAACGCCGAAGCAGAGAGGGACGUCUACGACGAGCUGCUCACGCAGGCCGAGAUCCAGGGCAACGUCACCAAGGUCAACGUGAGCAACGCCUUGCGGGCGGCCGAGGAGGCGCUGCUGAGCGGCAGCGAGGACAAGCUGCUGGAGGCGCUGAAGGCCGUGGGCGUUCGGAACCUGCAGGCGCAGAACAAAGGCUGGUACCUCAAACAGCUGCAGGCCGACCGGGAGAACAAGGACCAGGCGUCGCCCGGAGAAGCUCUGACCAAGGACGAGCUGCAGAGCGGCGUGGAUGUGGCCAACGAGUUUGCGGAGAGCUACGGAAAGAUGUUGAAGGCGGUGGAACGCAUCAACGCCGCCGUCAGGGCCGGCGAGCCCGAGCGGACGGUGGAGGAGCUGAUGAACCCUGACGCUCAGCUGCCCGAGGUUUACCCCAACGCUGCGGACCUGUACCAGAGGGAGCUGGCCAGUCUGCAGCAGCAGAGCCCCGAGGGCUCGCUGUCCCACCCCGAGCUGCUCGUCGCCGUGGAGAUGCUGUCGUCGGUGGUGCUGAUGAACGAGGCGAUGGACGUCGGCGACCGGGCCGCCCUCUGGAAGCAGCUGUCCAGCGCCGUCGCCGGACUCAGCAACGUGGAGGACGAGUACGCGCAGAGGUACAUGGACGAGCUGAUGCGUCUUAAGGCCGCAGCCCGCGAGCAAGGCAGCGACUACCUGACCUGGAACGACAUCCAGGCCUGCGUGGACCAGGUCAACCAGGCCGUGCAGGAGGAGCACGAACGCAUCGCCGCCAUCGGGCUGAUCAACGAGGCCCUGGACGAGGGCGACGCCGCCAAGACGCUGGCCAUGCUGCAGAACCCCUCGGCCAAGCUGACGGACGUGGACCCGUCCGUGGCUCAGCACUACCACGACAAGCUGCUGGAGGCCCGCAGGGAGAAGGCCCACGAGACGCAGGAUCCGUCCGCCGUGCUGUGGCUGGACGAGAUUCAGGACGCCGUCGUGAAGGCUAACCAGGACACACAGGAGGCCAUCCAGUUCUCGCAGUCCAUCCAGGCCAUCAACCAGGCGGUGGACAGCGGCGACGCGGCCCAGACGCUGGCCGCCCUGCGCAGCCCCGGGGCCGGACUGUACGGCGUCACCUCGGAGUGCGCCCGGACCUACCAGGACGACCUGGCCACCGUCAAGGACGGGAAGAAGAAAGACGGCGACAACGGCAGCGUGUGGGUGAAGCACUGGGUGAAGGGGGGACACAACUACUACUACAACCUGACGACCAACGAGGGCACGUGGGUGGAGCCGGAGGGCUUCCUGCAGAACAACACGCAGCUCAACAAGGAGGACAUCCAGUCUGUGGUUUCCGGGGUAACCACAGCCUACAACCGCGAGCAGCUGUGGCUGGCCAACGAGACGCUCAUCACCAAGCUGCAGGCGCGUUGCCGCGGCUACUUGGUGAGGAACGGCCAGAAGGAGCGCAUGAGCUUCCUCAAGGCGCAGGACCCGGCUGUCACGUGCAUACAGGCUCACUGGAAAGGCCACAAACAGAGGAAGAAGUUCAAAGACCGCAAGCAGUUCCUCAAGGAGCACUCCGAGGAGGCCGUCAAGAUCCAGUCCAUGGUCCGCAUGCACCAGGCUCGUAAGAAGUACAAGGAUCGCCUGAAGUACUUCCAAGACCACAUCAAUGACGUGGUGAAGAUUCAGGCUUUCAUCCGAGCCAACAAGGCCAGGGACGACUACAAGACGCUGAUCAGCGCCGAGGACCCGCCGAUGGCCGUGGUGAGGAAGUUCGUCCACCUGCUGGACCACAGCGACCAGGACUUCCAGGAGGAGCUGGAGCUGAUGCGGCUGCGCGAGGAGGUGGUCACCAACAUCCGCUCCAACCAGCAGCUGGAGAACGACCUGAACCUCAUGGACAUCAAGAUCGGCCUGCUGGUGAAGAACAAGAUCACGCUGCAGGAGGUGGUGUCGCACAGCAAGAAGCUGACCCGGAAGAACAAGGGCCAGCUGUCCAACAUGAUGAUGAUGAACAAGCAGCGCGGCGGCCUGAAGGCCCUCAGCAAGGAGAAGAGGCUCAAGCUGGAGGCCUACCAGUACCUGUUCUACCUGCUCCAGACCAACCCCACGUAUCUGGCCAAGCUGAUCUUCCAGAUGCCGCAGAACAGAUCCACCAAGUUCAUGGACUCCGUCAUCUUCACGCUGUACAACUACGCCUCCAACCAGAGGGAAGAGUACCUGCUGCUCAAGCUCUUCAAGACCGCCCUGCAGGAGGAGAUCAAGUCGAAGGUGGACCAGAUGAAGGAGAUCGUCACGGGCAACCCCACGGUCAUCAAGAUGGUGGUGAGUUUCCACCGGGGCACGCGCGGGCAGAACGCGCUGAGGCAGAUCCUGGCGCCGGUCGUCAAGGAGAUCAUGGAGGACAAGACGCUCAACAUCAAGACGGACCCGGUGGACAUCUACAAGAGCUGGGUGAACCAGAUGGAGACGCAGACGGGAGAGGCCAGCAAGCUGCCCUACGACGUGACCCCGGAGCAGGCCAUGGCCCACGAGGAGGUGAGGACCCGCCUGGAGGCCUCCAUCAAGAACAUGAAGACCAUCACCGACAAGUUCCUGUCUGCCAUCGUCGUCUCGGUGGACAAAAUCCCGUACGGGAUGCGCUUCAUCUCCAAGGUGCUGAAGGACACGCUGCACGAGAAGUUCCCAGACGCCACGGAGGACGAGCUGCUCAAGAUUGUGGGGAACCUCUUGUAUUACCGCUACAUGAACCCGGCCAUCGUGGCGCCGGACGCCUUCGACAUCAUCGAGGUGUCGGCGGGCGGCCAGCUCACCACCGAGCAGCGGCGGAACCUGGGCUCCGUCGCCAAGAUGCUGCAGCACGCCGCCUCCAACAAGAUGUUCCUGGGCGACAACGCCCACCUCAACCCCAUCAACGAGUAUCUCAGCGCCUCGCACCAGAAGUUCAGGCGUUUCUUCCUGGCGGCGUGCGACGUUCCCUCGCUGGAGGACAAGUUCAACGUGGACCAGUACUCCGACCUGGUCACCGUCACCAAACCCGUCAUCUACAUCUCCAUCGGAGAGAUUAUCAACACACACACGCUGCUGCUGGACCAUCAGGACGCCAUCGCUCCGGAGCACAACGACCCGAUCCACGAGCUGCUGGAGGACCUGGGCGAGGUCCCCACCAUCGAGUCCCUGAUCGGCGAGAACCCUCUCCCCGCCAACGACCCCAACAAAGAGCUGAUGGGGAAGACGGAGGUCUCACUCACGCUGGCGAACAAGUUCGACGUGCCCGGCGAGGCCAACGUGGAGAUGGACGCCAGGACUCUGCUGCUCAACACCAAGAGGCUCAUCGUGGAUGUGAUCCGCUUCCAGCCCGGCGAGACUCUGACGGAGAUCCUGGACUCGACGGCCGGACCGGAACAGGAAGCCGAGUACCAGCGCGCCAUGCAGCGGCGGGCCGCCCGGGACGCCCAGACCCCGGAGAAGAUGAAGCAGGUCAAGCCGGUGGUGGACGACGGCCUGACGCUGCAGGGGAAGAAGGAGAAGAUCAAGAGCAACCUGCAGCGGCUGGCGGAGCUGGGGAAGGUUCACCCCGAGAACCGCUACCAGGACCUGAUCAACGACAUCACCAAGGACAUCAGGAACCAGAGGCGGUACCGCCAGCGCCGGAAAGCCGAGCUGGUGCGGCUGCAGCAGACCAACACCGCCUUGAACUCCAAGAGCACCUUCUACAACGUGCAGAUCGACUCGUACAACCAGUACAUCAAGACGUGCAUGGACAACCUGGCCAGGAAGGGGAAGCUGUCGAAGAAGCCGGGCGACAACAAGGCCAAGAAGAGCAAGCAGGUUUCCCAGAAGUACACCGCCUCGCGCCUCCACGAGAAGGGCGUGCUCAUCGCCAUCGAGGACCUGCAGCCCAACCAGUUCAAGAACGCCAUUUUUGAGAUUUCGCCCUCAGAGGCCGUCGGGGUGUUUGACGUGAAGGCCAAGUUCAUGGGCGUGCACUUGGAGACGCUACAGCUAGAAUAUCAGGAUCUCCUCCAGCUGCAGUACGAGGGCGUGGCGGUGAUGAAGCUCUUCGACCGGGCCACCAUCAACGUCAACCUGCUCAUUUUCCUGCUCAACAAGAAGUUCUACGGGAAGUGAGAGACGGAACGGGACGAAAGAAAAGAAAAGGGGGGCGACAGAGACUGAUUGAAACCACGACGCCCCCGCUCCCGGGGGGGGCUGCCGCGAGCCCCCCCGGAGCGGGGAACAACCAACCCCCGGCUUCCCCGACACAUCCCCCCCACUGCACUUCUCCUAUGUGCCUAUGCAGAAAAUUCAUGUGCAUUCAUUUUUUACUACGCGGAUCACCGUUUGUGCCUUCGCCUCCCGACGGAAGACGGCGGGAAGCUCGCCGCAGUUCCUCUUCAUCUGUCUGUAACUGUAGCUCGGCCAGAGGUUUAAGACUUGUGGUUGUUGUUAUUAUUUUUUUGGCUUUAAACGUUAUAUGAAUAUCUCGUGCAUGGGCUUUGAUUAAUUAUAUAAAAAAAAAAAAGUGUAUGUUUUAUGUAAAGAGCUGUCGUUUGUGUCUUUCUUGGCCGCGGCUCCGCUCACCUGAACGAUGAACGUCGCCACAGUGCGAGACGGGGACGCCGUGUUCUGAAAACGCCAGUUAGUGUGACCGAUAUUCACCACAUUUCUCUCAGAUAUGACUUGUCAUAAACACUUACACCUGUGAACAAAUCUAAACCGACGUCCUAUAACCAUGGACGUUGUCUUACAUGAAGUACUUUCCCUACAGAAGCCCAUUAAAAGGAAAAGGCUCAAUGUGCCCUAAUGUAAGAUAACAUAUUAUCCAUAAUUAUAGGACUUGGGUUUUGAUUUUUUCACAGGUGUAAGAGUUUAUGACCAAGCAUAUCUGAGAGAAAAUUGGUGAUUAUUGAUCGCUGCUUUGGCACAAAUAAAUCACGAUAAACCUUUUCCCCAUAAUUGAGGUCUAUGGAGAGGGAAACACUUAAUGUAAGAUAACGUCCAUAAUUAUCAGAGUUUGGUUUAGAUUUUUUUGACGGGUAUAAGUGUUUAAGACGAAUCAUAUCUGAGAGAAAUUUGGUAAUUAUUGAUCACUGCUUUGGCACAUUAAAUCCCCUUGAUCCAUUUGAUUAUGAUGGAGUUCUAUGGAGAGGAAAACACUUAAUGGAAGAUAACGUCCAUAAAUAUUGGAUGUUGGUUUUGAUUUUUUUUCACAGAGUGAAGUGGUCAUGACGAAUGAAAUUGGAGAGAAAUUUGGUGAUUAUCGAUCGCUGCUUUGACACAUUGAAUCAUGUCAAGACUUUCGUAAGACAGAUCGUCCCUGUUGCGAGUCCUGACCUGGUCUUGAAGAAAGAAAAACUGAAGAAUGUGGAGCAGAGAAAAAAAAAAAAAGAUUCAAUCCGUUCACUGUAUUUUACUUUGGAAACAUUUGGAUUUUGGAAGAGACAUAAUAACAAAAAAAACAUGCUCAUAUUGAGCCUUUGACCUCCAAACGUGAUGUUUGGGAGUUUAUUUAUAAAAUAUAAAAAGCUCAAAUUUAAGAAUCAGAAUCAAAUUCUUUUGCAUGAACCAUCACGUCCAUCCCGUACUGGAAGUAAUUGGCCGUGUAGUUUGUGAUCAGAGCGGAUAUGAUAUAAUCAUAUAAACUUCUCAGCAGUGUCUUUUUCUAUAACUUUUACGGGCUGAUCAUGUCGCCAUAAACAGAUUUUAUUGAUAUAGAAAUCAGUUCAGUAAAACAUGAGAUGGGCUCGAAGCUGGGACGUUGAGAUUCUUAUUUAUAUUUCACAUUGUUAUAUACUUUCUCACGCACAGAAAGUACUUCAAAACAUCUGAUAACUUUUUUGAUAAAAUUACAAUCACAUACAUAUAACAAUAAGACUUCUGCAUAAUUGAUACUUUUGGAGUAACAGAGUAAUUUUUGACAUUGUGGUAUUUCUUACUGAAUAAAAUAAUCUGUAAGUCGACGGUACCUUCGUAAAAGUUGAUCUGGUAUAAAGUUUUUUCUUCAGAAGCCGACAUGCAGCCUCUGAAGUAAAUAUUUAAGAUAAAUUUCUGCAUGUGUGUAUAAAGAUAAAUCCACAGGGCUGACGAGGAAUGCGAUUUACGAUUUUAUUUGAUCUCAACUUUAGGCCCAAAUUAACAAAACUACUUUUGUUUUUAAUUUGUUAAACCAUCCAUCAGUUGACUGCCAUUUAUCUGGAUAAAAGCAUGGACAGAGACAAGUGACAGGCCCCUCCCCCUCUUGUAAAGGACAGAGACUGUUGUCACUCAGUUAUGCAUGUCUUCAUAAUCUUGUCUCUGUGACUUUGUCCAAUAAGCAAUAAUACCUGGCCCUGAGGGGCAACCCCCCCCCCCGACCUCUCAGACCCCGUGGUCUGUGGGCCAGGUCACGUUGAUUUAUUAACUGUAUUAUUUGGAUAUUAUUGUUACAUACAGCGGACAGGAAGUGUGAUGUAGGAAUGAUUAAUGUUCUUCAUAAAAUAGUUUUGGCUUCAACGUGACAAUGUGUUGAAUUUUAUUCUAUCUGGUAUAGAUCUGCAAGAGUUGAUCGAAUGUUUAUUAAGUGACUAAUAAAUGAGUUGCCAACUGUUUUGAUAAUCGA